ACAUGACUGACGUCAGAUUCAUUAUAUGGAACUGUAUCGCUUUAUUGGUUGCUUUGAUGAUGGCAUUAACAUCAAUUAUUAUUCUUUCCGAUGCUCCACACAACUCGAUGGAAUUCUCAACUCUUCCAAAAAAUGUGCAAAACGAGAUUUCUUUAUUUGCGGAAAGUCGAUUCCACGAAUUCGAAGCAAAGCAGGCACUGGAACUUGAACCAUAUAGAACGACACAUCUGAUGCUUCACAUCAUGCCAGAGAUCUGCACGGAUGGUAAUAAAGCAAGACAAAGCGGACCUUGGCCAGAAUAUGAAGAACAAUACUAUUGUGCAUCAACCCCAGUUGCCAACUGGUGCGAUGGAUACCGUAAUAUGCACAAAGCAACCGAAAGUGUUAUCUCAAUGCCUGGGGGAUAUGAAUUGGUUGCCAGUUUCUCUUGUUUAAGAAUAAUGCCUUGGAUUCGACGAGUGAAAGACUUCAACAUUUCAUUGAUCAGUGUCAUCGUCACUAUCAUUGUCACUUUAAUGUGUUACUUGUUCUUCAGCUCGAAUACGAAUGACGAGGACAACAACACCCUCGAUGAUGACGAGAAGCCCGAUCUUCCUCCACCAGGGCGUCCAUCGACAAAGAAAAAAGAGUCAGCGGCCAUGAAACCACUUGCGAAUCUUGUUAGUCGAAAAGAAAACUUUCGGAAGAGAAGAUAAUAGAUAAAGUGUCCAUGUAGGAACUUUAUCAAUAUACUCCUAUAUUUAUCAUUUCCCAUUCAUUUUCUAAUCUAUUUCAUUUAAGCGUGUUACUCUUAUUAGUAUUCCGGUCUUAAAUGUUUUAAUUCGAUCUAACUUUUUAUCUUGAAAUUAUUUGAAAUUUGCCAUUGUCAUAAGAAAACAAUUCAGCAAUUAAACUGACUCCAGAAUUUCCAAAUUUUCAAUUCAAUAAAGGUUCA